AUGGGAAGUGAUGAUGCAAACAGAAGGUCACAAAGCAAAGGGCUUGGCAAGUUUCUUAAGGAGCAAAGAGGAAGGCUAUACAUAAUCAAGAGAUGUGUGGUUAUGCUACUUUGCUGGCACGACUAAACAUCCAUAUAUAUAAUUUUUUUUAGUUAGCUAUUUGAAGGGAGCACGAGAUACAAUUAUAACUUGAGACGAAGAAGCAAACGAGUGGAAUUUGUUUCGAUCAAAAUGUAGAUAGUGUACUUAGGCAAUUAGUUGAUGUAGGACUGCUGACCAUGUUGUAUUUUACAACUUGUGUCGCGUUUUGAUGG